UGUCGGGUCCUGUUGACAAAGAAAGAGAGACAAAGGGGUCGGGUGAAAGGGAUAAAUUAAAGAAAAAGAUGUAAAAGUGAAUUUGCCAUCGAAUUGUAAGAUUUCGUAUACAAAUCGCAUCUGUUACUAGUGUAUGGAUACAUAUCCCUGUGUUCAAUUUCACCCAUUAUUUUCCUUUAACAAGGUGGGGCAUAAGGAAAAUCCAUUCAUCUUCUUAAAAGGACUUCGGCGCUCCAGGCCAGUCAGCCACAACCUCGAAAUAGAAGCAUUGUCGAAGAUGUCUCAAAGCCAACCAGGUGAUAUGCUGGUAAAGAAAGUCAGCAUACGAAACAGGCAUGCUGAGAAGCUUGUGGGUUUGCUGCACGAUACUGGAUCUCCAGAUAUUGCAGUUUUGUGUCAUGGCUUUCGAUCAUCCAAGAGCUUUAUGAAAAAUAUUGCUGCUGCCUUGGAGAAGGAAGGAAUUUCUGCAUUUCGCUUUGACUUUUCUGGAAACGGGGAAAGUGAAGGGGAAUUUCAUUAUGGUCACUAUCAGAAAGAGGCUGAUGAUUUGCAUUCUGUGGUUGAACACUUUAUUGGGGAGAAACGCAGGGUAGUUGCCAUUCUUGGUCACAGUAAAGGAGGCAGUGUUGUUAUUCUGUAUGCAUCCAGGUAUCAUGAUGUUGAGAAGGUGAUCAAUGUUUCUGGCCGCUAUGACCUGAGGAAGGGCAUUGCGGAGCGUUUGGGUGAAGAUUACCUGGACAGAAUCAAGAAAGAGGGGUUUCUAGAUGUGAAAAACAAAGCGGGAGAAGUGCAAUAUCGUGUUACUGAGGAAAGUUUAAUGGACCGACUUAACACUGACCUGCACAAAGCUUGUCUCCAGAUUGACAAAGGCUGCAGGGUGUUUACUAUACACGGGUCGAAUGACGACAUCAUUCCUGUGGAAGAUGCUUUUGAGUUGGAUAAGGUCAUUCAAAACCACAAAUUGCACAUAAUAGAAGGAGCCAGCCAUGAUUUCAUGGCACACCAAGAUGAUUUGAUCUCUACUGCUGUCUCCUUUAUAAAGGAAUGAAGAAGUUCAUCACCAGAACUAAAAUUACGUUAAAUAAUAAUAAUUGUAACAACAACAACAUCAACAACAAUAAGGGUCUUUCAUUUGUGGCUGGUAAAACUAAUGGUCCUUCCAUUUCCUUACUGGUAUAGAUGGUAAAUUCUCACCCUUUUCGGAGGAUAGUAAAAUCAAGUUCCAUGACUUUUUCUUUUUGGGUUAGAUGUUAAACCCGUUUCUUUAAGUUAUUGGUGUAGAAGCAGAAGCAGCCAAUCUGAUGAGGUGGUUGCACAUGAUGCAAUCAUAGAAAUAGGCUCCAUAUUUGUGAGAUUGAUGCAUCUUGUGGCAUGUUUCUUAGAUUUUUCAGAUGAUAAAUAUAAACUCUGUCCAGAAUUCAGAACAUAAUAUCGAAU